AUUCAAGACAGACAGCCAGCGUCAAACUGCCUGUUUGGAAUUCUCGAUGUUCCAUGUGUAUAGUGGAUUAAAAAUGCGCUGUACUUGAAAAAUAUUAUUUGUCAUCAGGCUGUUGCAAAAGGACUUCGAUUGUUUAUUCGCCGAUCUUUUCGUCGAUCUUUCAUUCAUUGUAUGAUUUUCAUAGAAUAUACUGAAACAAAAUGUCUGGAAUCGGACAGGUUCGAGUUUUGACGCUCAAUAAGGAUGAAAAUAGAGAGACAACACUGUACAGACUACAGAAAGGAUGGAACUUACGUUUCAUACUGGGAUCAUCUCUUCAGACAGCACCAGUGAGAUUGUUCUGUAAUCACCCUCCAAAUAAAGAUGUCAGCUUUGACCGAAACGAAUAUGAGGAGCUGGAGUUUAAGAGCGCCACUAACAUGAAAAGUGACCGCCAUGAUUAUUAUGCGGAUGUCUCCCUAAUUUGUGCAGGCUCUUUCAAUUACUACUUCACAAUUGAUAACAGUUCUGACAUAAAGAAUACAAAUGGUUUGGGUUACUUUUUGGUCGACCCGUGUAUACAAAUUGGACCAAAUGAUGAAGAAAUCAACCUGGAUUGCCUACAGUGUCAAACAGUUGUCACAAAACUGCUCGGCCCAUUUGCUGAAUGGGAGGACCGUCUUCUCGUCGCCAAGGAGUCUGGGUACAAUCUCAUUCACUUCACCCCGACUCAGGAGCUAGGCAUAUCAAACUCGGCCUACUCCAUCCGGGAUCAGCGACACUUCAGCCCAGCGUAUGGCGAUCAAUAUACGUACAAUGACAUUGAUGCACUUGUCCAGAAGAUGAAAGUCGAAUGGGAAGUGUUGUCUCUCACAGAUCUCGUCUACAACCACACGUCAAUCGACAGUCCUUGGCUGCAGGAACAUCCAGAUUGUGCGUUCAAUCUGGAAAACUCGCCACACCUGCGACCGGCGUAUAUCAUGGAUAGGGCUUUGCUAGAGUUCAGUGACCAAGUGGCUGAGGGCAAAUGGGAGUACAGGGGUAUUAGUGCCACGAUUAAUGAUGAAGAACAACUUCAGAUCAUUAGGGAUAUCAUCGUGAAUGAGAUAUUGCCAGCACAAAAGUUGCACGAGUUUUGGUGUAUUGAUGUUGAGAAAUGCGUUAAAGAGUUCAAACACAACGUUGAAGCAAAUACAAUUUCAACGACUCGUGAGGCAGCACUGGUUAUAAAACAGGAUCCCAUGUUUCGCAGACUACGUUCCACAGUGGAUAUGAAUACAGCUCUCCGUCUUUACAACACAGAUCACUGCUGUUCGCAAGUAUUUGGUAAUAAAAUGAACAUGAUUGACCAGGAUGAAGAAAGGCCUGCAGUCUUUAGUCGCCAGGAACGCAUCAACAAGUGUUGUACACUCUUUCGAGAUAAACUGCUGGAGCUUAAUGCUGUGAAGGAAUUUGAAAUCAUUGAUCACAUUGACACUGCUGCUAAGAACUACAUAGCCAAUGGACGCUGGAGGUUCCUGGCUAAUGAUGGUCCAAAAUUGCAACUAGUCACCAAAGAACAUCCCAUAAUGCAUGAGUAUUUUGUGUGGCCUCGUCCACACAAUGGUGGUGUUCAAAUUGCGGAACAGAUGUUAGAAACUGAGGCACAGUAUGUCAUGGCUUGCAAUGGUUGGGUCAUGGGAGAUAACCCUCUGAAAAGCUUUGCUGAAGAAGAUUCAAAUGUCUACUUGCGUCGAGAGCUGAUUGAAUGGGGCGACAGUGUCAAGUUGCGGUAUGGGGAAAAACCUGAAGAUUGUCCUUUUCUUUGGAACCUUAUGGAGGAGUACACAAAAAUAACAGCAAAAAUCUUUCCUGGUAUUCGUCUUGACAACUGCCACAGCACGCCAAUACAUGUAGCAGAGUACAUGCUGGACGUAGCCCGCACGAUUCGACCAGACCUGUAUGUGGUUGCAGAGUUGUUUACUGGAGCAGAACAUGUGGAUAAUAUUUUUAUCAACCGCCUGGGAAUUAAUUCUCUCAUUCGAGAGUCUAUGUCAGCUUGGGAUGCCCACGAAGAAGGCCGACUUGUACACAGAUACGGAGGAAUCCCUGUUGGAUCAUUUGUACAGCCUCGUGUCCGGCCACUUGUCCCAAAUGUUGCACAUGCUUUGUUUUAUGAUCAGACACAUGACAAUCCAUCACCAGUCCUGAAAAGAUCCCCAUAUGAUCUUUGGCCCAGUUCAGCUAUUGUUUCUAUGGCUUGUUGUGCGAUUGGAAGUAAUCGAGGCUAUGACCAGUUAGUUCCUCACCAUAUUCAUAUUGUGAAAGAAGAGAGGCUCUAUACUGCGUGGACUUCGUCUGAGUCAGAAGGACCAAUGUACAUCAGUUUGAAGUCUGGAAUCACUGCUGGGAAGAAAGUGUUGAACCAGCUCCACUAUGAGAUGGGAAGGCAUGGUUUCAAUCAGGUGUAUGUGGAUCAGCUAGAUGGGAACGUGGUGUCAAUUACACGUCACAAUCCACAGACGCACGAGUGUAUAGUUUUGGUGGCCAGAACAUCAUUUCAGCACCCAAGCAGUCCAAACGAGACAGGAUAUAUAAGACCUAUAGUAAUACAAGGGGUGAUAAACGAAGUUGUCCUAGAAGGGAGCAUGGUUGAAGUCAAUUGCUGUAAGUAUGAGGCGGAUGACCGAUUCAUCAAUGGAUUACCUGAUUACAAGCUUGAACUGAAGACACACAUUCAGGUGGAGGAGAGCGAAAUGGUCACUGUGACUCAGGAGGAAAAAGGAGUGGAAGUGACAUUUGUUAAGUUCACCCCCGGAAGUGUUAUUGCAUUCAGGACAAACUUAUCCAAUGAAUCCCGCAUGGGCAUUCUAGACAUCCGCAGGGGUGUUGGUCAGUUUGGAUAUAUCAUGAGAUCGUACAGUGGUAGCACCAUCUAUGAUGAAUCUUGUGACGUGUCCAAAUUCCGUUCUAUAGUUUCGAAGUUGACUCUAGCUGACUUGAACGUAGUGCUGUACAGAUCCAGUCCAGAAGAGGAAGCUGAUGGUUAUGGUUCUAAGGCUUACGAGGUCCCAGGCUUAGGACAGUUGGCAUAUUGUGGAAUCAGAGGUGUAAUAUCAGUGCUGAAUGACCUUCGCCCAACAAACGAUUUGGGUCAUCCGUUUUGCGAUAAUCUGCGUAGUGGCCCAUGGUUGCCAGAGUAUGUUUCCAAACGACUGUUGGCACAUGAGAGUACUCUUGAACUUGCCAAGUGGUUUGAGGAGAUCUUUGCACAUUUAGAGAACGUGCCAUCUUACCUUGUUCCCUGUUACUUUGAUGCGAUUAUUACAGGAGCAUAUGUUGUCCUCAGAGAAAUGGCCAUCCAGCUUCUAUCAGACUUUGUAAAGGAUGGAUCAACCUUUGUUCAAUCUCUUGCCAUGGGAUCCAUUCAGUUCUGUGGUUUUGUCAGAAACUCAAAAUUGCCUCCCUUGUCAAAAGACUUCAAACCUGAACUUCGAAUUGAAAGAGAUGUAAAAACCGGAGAGGAGCUUGUAGCACCAUUAUCAAUGGCAGCAGGUUUUCCACAUUUCUGUGCUGGUUACAUGAGAAACUGGGGACGAGAUACAUUCAUAGCAGUACCUGGUUUAUUACUGAUAACAGAACGGUUUGAUGAAGCCAGGUGUUUGAUUCUUGCGUAUGCUGGGUGCUUGAGGCAUGGGUUGAUUCCUAACUUGUUGAACGAAGGAACUGGAGCGCGAUACAACUGUCGAGAUGCUGUGUGGUGGUGGCUGCAGUGCAUCCAGGAUUACUGCAAGAUGGCACCUGAUGGCUACCAGCUGCUCUGUGAUCCAGUCAGCCGGAUGUAUCCUACAGAUGACAGUGAAGCACAGUUUGGAAGUGACAAUGAUAUGCCACUACAUGAUGUGAUACAGGAAGCACUGCAGAGACACGCAGAAGGGAUCCGAUUUGUUGAGAGAAAUGCAGGUCCAAUGAUUGACAAUCUUAUGCAGCAACAAGGUUUUACAGUCGAAGCUGGGAUCCGAUGGGACACUGGCUUUGUGUAUGGUGGUAAUGAGUUCAACUGUGGAACAUGGAUGGAUAAGAUGGGAAGUUCUGAAACUUUUGGACUCAAAGGCGUACCAGCAACACCCAGAGAUGGGUCUGCUGUUGAGAUAGUUGGACUGUGUAUGUCUGCGGUCAGCUGGCUUGAUAUGAUCAGUGAGAAAGGAACAUAUCCAUACACCACAGUGAAAGCAAACAAAGAUGGUGGCAGGUUUGACAUUAGUUUCAAAGAGUGGGCAAACUUAAUACAAGACAACUUUGAAAAGUGCUUUUGGGUCAAACCAAAACGAGAUCCUACAAAUCCCGAGGCACACCUGGUCCACAGGCGAGGUAUAUACAAAGACAGCUACAGGGCGACGCUAUUAUGGCCGGAUUAUCAGCUGCGACCAAACUUUACCAUUGCAAUGGUUGUGGCUCCACAACUGUUCACACCAGAAAAUGCUUGGUUCGCUUUGGAAAUGGCCCAGAAUAUUCUGCUUGGACCUCUUGGCAUGAAGACACUAGAUCCCAGUUGGUCAGAUGCAUUACCAUGUUCGGCUAGGGACUGGGCAUACAGAGGAUUCUAUGACAAUGCCACAGAUUCCGAUGACAGAGCGGCUUUGGGAUUUAGCUACCAUCAGGGACCUGAAUGGGUCUGGCCAAUUGGAUUCUUCCUGAGAGCAAAACUGAAGUUCGCAUCCCUCUUAGAAACAUCAAGGCCAGGCGUUCUGCUGGAAACCGUGCACUUUGUGCAGUCAUCCUUGUCGAGACAUUACAAAGAAAUCAUAGAUUCCCCAUGGCAGUCACUGCCAGAAAUGACAAACGCCGAUGGUGCAGUCUGUCCGUUCAGCUGUCGUGCCCAAGCCUGGAGUGUCAGCUCUGUGUUGGUGGUUUUGCAUUAUCUGGAACAACUACAAAAGACUGACUAGAUGUGCUGAUUUGGAUAUGGUUCCAGUUUAAACAAGAGAUAUUGUCUUGAACUGCAUAAUGAAAAAGCAUAAAAACAAAAAAAAACAAUUCACGUUAAUAUGGUUGGAUUUUAUUGUCUCUCUUUCCCCCUUUUCUCAUUAAAUCAAAGGGGAUAUUAUAAGACCGCUGUCUGUGAGUGUGUGUGUGAAUUUGUCCACUGCUUAGUUCCCAUGCAUUAUAACAACAUACCAGAGUAUAAGGGUUGAAUAUAUGUACUCUAGAUGCUAGACAAAAUAGACUGCAACUGGUAACAUAUAAAAUAUGGUAGGAUUAGAAGGCUUGUAAAGGGAAAUAAUAACCUUGAUUUUUUUUUCAUUAGUUCAUCAAAUAAUGUAAACUGAAUCAGUUGUGUUGUUUAAAUAAAUACUACCUUAGUUUGUCACCUGUAAUUGAUAAUUUAUGUUGGAAGUGUUUUUAAAGUAUGUACAGUAUGGAUUGUGUGUUUAUUAUUUACUGCAACUAUGUUUACAUUAAACCAUCAGUCAAGUGAAAUUCAUUUAAUAUAUAUUGAUAAAAACAUAGAACUAGCAGUAAAUUAGUGUCAUUGAAGUUACCAGAAAGAAUCUUCAGAAGCAUCUUUGUGUAUUCAAAUAGACAUGGAAUAUAACAUUAAAAAUUAUCUUUUAAAUGUGAUGAAAUAAUGGCUUACCAUGUACAUGGUUGCCUUGUUUUUUAAUUAACGUAAUUCAUUGAUCUAAUACCUUUGCUGUAAUAUAACGAAGAGUAGCUUGUACUGAUUGUUUUUGAACAGAAUAUAAUUAUGUUUAAAUCAAAUGUUAACCUUUAAUAAGUAUUGUUUUAUUACUUGGAAAAAUAUGUUCCUUCGCAGUCUAUUGUCUGGUGUUAAUAACUAUUAUGCAAUUUGAUCUUUAGUGAGCUUGAAAUAAUAGUGCACUUUGGUUUGCGUUACUGAGCAUAGGACAUUUCAUUACUACCGUCUUUCUACUGAGGAUACUAAUUCCGGAAUGUUGGACUGUACUGUUUCUCAGUUGUGCUUUAAGCUUGUGAUUGUUUUUCUUGUGGUCUUGUUCCUGUUUUGUUUUUAUUUUUAGCAUUUUGUUUUGUUGGGAGUUGUAUAUUUGUGUUCUUUAUUUUGUAAUUUUUUAAAAAUAAAUUUGAGUGGCUAGUAAAUAUUUUACUAGUCAGAUUUGAGGAGCUAACUGCCAAACACCUUCCCAUUAUUAUUAGUUUAGUAUAAGUUAAGAGCACUACUUAAGACCAGGUUAAUAAAAUAAUAAUUAAUUUAAAAAAAAUUAAUAAUAAGGUCACAAUUGUGUAAACAGAUAAAAAAAAAACCCAUUUAACAGGAUAGAUAUUUUUUUUGGUUUUCGUUUGUUAAGCUGGUGUAUGUCAGUUUGAUUUUAAAAGCAAAAACAAUAUCAUACAUUUUACAGGUUUUAAUUAUUCAACUAAAAAAAUCUGGAAAAUUACUUUGUACAAAACUGAACAAAAGCAGCUUUUUAAAGUUUAUUAUAACUAUGUAACUCUUAAAACUAUAUAACUCUUGGGAUUGCGUAGCACAAACUAUAGCCUUUUUUCCUUAUUUGUAAACAUAUCUGUUCCAAUAUAUUUGUUACCAUUUGUCUUACUGAAUACUGUAUGAAUGUUUUUGCUUUUAACUUUUGUCUAGAUAAAUUACUUCAUCAGUAAUGUUUUGGUUCUUUCAGUUGGUUUAGUGGAGUUUUGUUGUUGUUGGAGUGGGGGGUUUUUUACUUGUAAAACUAAUUUUAUAAUUUUGUUAUGCAUUUGUUUUUGCCUUAAAUGUUUGUAUGUAGAUAAAUAUUUCUAUGUAUUUUGUAAUUUUGUUAUGCUUUUUUUUCUCCUUUUUUUGCCUUUAAAUGUUUGGAUGUAGAAAAAUAUUUUUAUAUAAUAUGUAUGUGCACAGUUGUUUAUGAAUUGUUGUGAAUUUAUUCAAAUGAUUGUUUUUAAGACAAGCCAGAUGUAUUAGUUUUUAACUCUGAUCUCACUGGUAUAAGCUUUUUGUGUUCAGUUCAGUAUUGUUAAUUUAUAAAUAAAACACAGAAAGGUCCAAGAUCUUCCUUGCAAUAAAGGUAAUCUAUAAAAUCUUUAAACAUUUUUGUAAAAAUCUGCAAUUUUAUUCAUACCAAUUUGACAAAUAAGCUAAUCCAAUCAUUAAAAUCACUGGAAUCAGUAUUCAUAUGAAUAGUCAAACCUCAGAUAUACCUCAGUUUUAGUAUGUGUUAUUGCCAUAUAGAGCUCUAGUGUCUCUGCUUCAACCAAUAUGAUUUAUGAUAAUUUUCCAAAUAACUAAAUUCACCCAUUAUGUAAAUGUUAUCUGGUUUAUCAAAACAUUUCAGUAUGAAGUUAGGCUUCAAUAAAGUCUGGAGCCUUUAACAUCAUGGCAGUGCCAUUCAAACUGCAUGCAGUUCAGACUUUAUUGACACCCAAGUUUUAAAACAAAUUUGGGCCCCCAAAUCAUGUUCCUUUUAGGAAUUAUAAAGCUUGUGGUAGGGUGGGUUAAAAGGUCAGUACGAUAUUAUUUAACUCUGUUAUUAUGAAUAGAAUUGUAUAUACAUUUUUGUUUUGAAUCCGGUGUCAGUAUGUAGACUUUAAAAUAGUUUAAUGAUGAAUCACAUAUUAAUGAAAUUUACACAUAGCAACUGAUUUUGGAGUCAAAUGGUUACUACUGUUACUAAUUAUAAUUCACAAGCAAUAUUGUUUUCAUGUUUGUAUAACGUCAGCUUUGUUUUUGUGUAAAUUAUACUUAAAUGUUUUGUCCAGUGGUUAUGUUAUUGUAAUGUUUUAAUCCAUCACUUAAUGGUUUCUAAACUUUUAACAAUUUUUUAAGUUGUGUCAAAUUAUAGGAUUACAAAUAUAUUAACAGAAUAAUUCAUAUACUCCAAAUUGUCUUUUCUUUUAUAAAACAUUCAGUUCAAAAAAUAUUUUUUCUCCAAAUUUCAAACAUUUUACCUUUUGGUUUGAUGUGAAAACAGUGUACCCUAUUGACACACUUUAUACAUUUUUAUAAGAAAGUUAUUCCUUUAAAUAUAUAUACAUCUAUAUACACUAUUUUAUGUGUUAUGUACAACAUAGCUGGUUCUGUAGCAUGUUAAUCUUAAUAGUGUAAAAUAAUGCACCUACAAUAGUCAGUAUUUAUACACUGGGAUCAGAGUGCCAACAUGCUUUUCCCCAUAUUAUUGAAUAAAUGCAAUGUACAGCU